CGAAGUUGCGACUAGAUAGCUCGUAUUGGCAUCGAGCUGGCCCGCGAUCGCAAGGUGCUAAGGCACAGCGGUCGCUGCAUCACGAUGAAGAUGCUGUCAGCAUGCGUGCUGGCAAGCGCCUCGGCGUUUCUCGGCAUGCGCGCGCCGCUGCCGGUCAAGACGCCCCGGGUCGUGAAAGCGCCGGCCGUGGCCAUGUCCAGCGCUCUCGCGGAGGAGAGCGGCGUGUCGCUGUCGAGCGGCGGCGGCAUGUUUACGUCUAGCUCGCCGGAGGACCGCCGCAUCGGCACGGAGCUGUUCGUUUCCGGCGUCCGAUAUCGAGAGCGAAGAUAUCCUGAGGUUAAAAGCGCGCACCGGCCCCAGCGCUGCGCGGAAGCGUCGAAGGCGUCGACCGCGGCGCCGCGCGCCGCCUCGGCGGCGCGCGGCGCACCGCUCACCACAUCUUCUGCCGUCUUCCGCCGCUUAGCUGGCGAGAGCAAAAGAUCUCCAAUUCAACGCAACGUCGGCGCGCGCGCGCCACACACAUGUGAUCAUGUGAAGGCGCCGACGCGUCGCCUGCGUCGGCGCGCUUCGUUGGCCUCGCCAUGAAGACUUGCGCCGUCGCCGCGGCGGGGCGAAACCGCCGCGGGCCGCACGCUUCCACGCCGCGACGCCGUCGACGCCGUCGCACGGUCCCACGACGCCGCCGAGGCGCCAACGACACACAAAGCCAUCGACACCAACAGUAUCUCACCCCUCGACCAAAACACAGGUACCAGGCCGCCAAGGCCGACCCGAGCGGCGCGCGCGCCCCGCUCAAGGUCGUCUACGUCGUCCUCGAGUCGCAGUACCAGAGCUCCAUGAGCGCCGCGGUCAAGGCCAUCAACGAGAACGAGAACUCGGGCGUCGCCUGCGAGUGCGUCGGCUACUUGCUCGAGGAGCUGCGCGACGAGAAGAACGCCGCGGCCUUCAAGAAGGACGUCGAGGAGGCGAACGUGUUUAUUGGUUCGUUGAUCUUCGUCCAGGAGCUCGCCGAACAAGUGAAAGAAGUGGUAGAGGCCGAGCGCGACCGCUUGGACGCCGUCCUCAUCUUCCCGUCCAUGCCCGAGGUCAUGCGCCUCAACAAGGUCGGUGGGUUUACCAUGGCCUCGCUCGGCCAGUCGAAGAGCGUCGUCAGUGAGUUCAUGAAGAAGAAGAAGGCCGACGACGGUUCUUCGUUCGAGGAGGCCAUGUUGAAAUUGCUCCGCACGCUGCCCAAGGUGCUCAAGUACCUGCCGGGCGACAAGGCCAAGGACGCGAAGAGCUUCAUGAUGUCGUUCCAGUACUGGCUCGGCGGGUCGCCCGAGAACUUGCAGUCGAUGCUUCUCUCGUUAGCUACGACCUACGUGCCGGCCGUCGUCGAGAAGGCCGACAUGGCCUCGCUCGACCAGGAGGGCUUGAUUGCGGAACCUGUGUUGUUGCCCGAUAAAGGCAUCUGGCACCCGCUCGGCCCGGAGGUCUACCAGACGGCGGAAGAGUACUUCCAGUGGUACGAGACGGAGCACGCGCCCGCCGCGGGUCUGGCGGAGGACGCUCCGGUCGUGGGCGUCGUAUUGCAGAAGUCGCACAUCAACACGGGCGACGCGGGCCACUACGUCUCGCUCAUCUCCGAGCUCGAGGCGCGCGGCGCGAAGGUCGUCUGCAUCUACUCCGGCGGCCUCGACUUCUCGGGCCCGGUCAAGGAGUACUUCUUCCGCCAGGGCGGCGUCGCGGUCGACUCCGUGAUCAAUCUUACUGGUUUCGCCUUGGUCGGUGGCCCGGCUUCGCAGGACCACCCGAAGGCCGUCGACACGCUCAAGUCGCUGGGCGUGCCGUACCUCUGCGCCGUACCUUUAGUGUUCCAGUCGUUCCAGGAGUGGGAGGCUUCUGAACUUGGUUUACACCCGGUCCAGGUCGCCCUCCAGGUCUCGCUGCCCGAGCUCGACGGCGCCAUCGAGCCCAUCAUCUACGCCGGCCGCGAGGGCGCGACGGGCAAGUCCGUGCCGCUCGACGACCGCAUCUCGACGCUCGCGCAGCGCGCCCUCAAGUGGGGCUCGCUCAAGCGCAAGGAGAACAAGGACAAGAAGCUGGCCAUCACGAUCUUCUCGUUCCCGCCCGACAAGGGCAAUGUGGGUACUGCUGCUUACUUAGAUGUGUUCGGCUCGAUCCUCGCGGUGGCGAAGGAGCUCAAGGGCCGCGGCUACGACCUCGGGGACGUCGACCCGAACCAGAUGGAGGCCGAGGACCUCAUGGACAUGGUGCUCAACGACAAGGAGGCCAAGUUCGACUCGCCGACGCUCAACGUCGUCCACAAGAUGACCAUGGAGGAGUAUGAGAGAUUGUGCCCCUACCAGGACGACCUCCACGAGAACUGGGGCCCGCCGCCGGGCCACCUCAACUCGGACGGCCAGAACCUCCUCGUCUUCGGCGCGAAAUUCGGCAACGUGUUCAUCGGCGUCCAGCCGUCCUUCGGCUACGAGGGCGACCCCAUGCGGUUGCUCUUCUCCAAGUCGGCGUCGCCGCACCACGGCUUCGCGGCCUACUACACGUACCUCGAGUCCGUUUUCGACGCCGACGCCGUGUUGCACUUCGGGACCCACGGCUCCCUCGAGUUCAUGCCCGGCAAGCAGGUCGGCAUGUCCGGCGAGUGCUACCCCGACCGGUUAGCCGGCACGAUCCCGAACCUGUACUAUUAUGCUGCUAAUAACCCGUCCGAGGCCACGAUCGCGAAGCGCCGCUCGUAUGCCGCGACCAUCUCCUACUUGACGCCGCCGGCCGAGAACGCCGGCCUCUACAAGGGCCUCAAGGAGCUGUCGGAGCUCGUCUCGUCGUACCAGGGCCUCCGCGAGAACGAGGCCCGCGGCCCGUCCAUCGUCAACUCCAUCAUCGCCGCCGCCUACUCCUGCAACCUCGAUAAAGAUGUCAAGAAUUUGCCCGACGUCGAGUUCGACUCCAAGGAGGUCGACCUCGAGCGGAGGGACACGAUCGUCGGCAUGGUCUACCAGCGGCUCAUGGAAAUCGAGUCGCGGUUGCUGCCCAUGGGCCUGCACACGGUCGGUGUCCCGCCGACGGCCGAGGAGGCCAUCGCGACGCUCGUCUCCAUCGCGGAGAUCGACAGGCCCGAGGACGAGAUCCUCGGGCUGCCUCGCAUCCUCGCGAACGCCGAGGGCCGCAAGCUCGAGGAGAUUUACAGGAAUGCCAACGAGGGCGUCUUGCAGGACGUCGAGCUCCUCCAGAAGAUCACGCAGGGCACGCGCGCCGCCGUGCGCGCGCUCGUCGACGAGUCCACCGACAGCCAGGGCCGCGUCAAGGAGGUUCAAAAUGUGAUGGAGAAGGCUCUCGGCGGCAUGUUCGGCCAGGCGCCCUACCGCAAGGCCCUCGCGUCGGCGGGCUUCCAGAAGGCGUCGGAGGACAAGAUGCUGGAACCCUUGUUCGAGUACCUCGAGUUCUGCCUGCGCCAGGUCGUCGCGGACAACGAGUUGGGUGCGCUCGUCGACGCGCUCGACGGCCAGUACAUCGAGCCGGGGCCGGGCGGCGACCCCAUCCGCAACCCGGGCGUGCUGCCCACGGGCAAGAACAUGCACGCGCUCGACCCCCAGUCCAUUCCGACGACCGCGGCCGUGGAAUGCGCGAACCGCGUCGUCGAGAAGCUCCUGGAAAGGUUAGAAAAGGACAACGGCGAGCUGCCCGAGUCGGUAGCGUUCACGCUCUGGGGCACGGACAACAUCAAGACCUACGGCGAGUCGCUGGCCCAGGUCUUGGGUUUGGUCGGUGUCCGCCCGGUGCCCGACGCGCUCGGCCGCGUGAACAAGCUCGAGCUCAUCCCGCUCGAGGAGUUGGGAAGACCGCGCAUCGACGUCGUCGUCUCGUGCUCGGGCGUCUUCCGCGACCUGUUCAUCAACCAGAUGAAUUUGUUGGAUCGCGCCGUCAAACUCGCGGCGGAGGCCGACGAGCCCGACGACCAGAAUUAUGUCAGGAAGCACGCCAAGGAGCAGGCCAAGGAGCUCGGCAUGUCCGUGCGCGAGGCCGCGACGCGCGUCUUCUCGAACGCCGCGGGUUCCUACUCCGCAAAUGUGGGCUUGGCCAUCGAGAACGGCGGCUGGGAGUCCGAGAACCAGCUCCAGGAGCAGUUCGUCGGCCGCAAGGGCUUCGCGUUCAACGCCGACAAGCCGGGCAUGAUGACGCAGUCCACGGACAUGUUCAAGGCCGCCCUGUCGACGGUGGACGUCACGUUCCAGAACUUGGACUCGAGCGAGAUCUCCAUCAGCGACGUGUCGCACUACUACGACUCCGACCCGACCAAGGUCGUCGAGGGCCUGCGCAAGGACGGCAAGAAGCCCUCGUCGAUGAUGGCCGACACCACCACUGCCAAUGCGCAGGUGCGGUCGCUGUCGGAGACGGUGCGGCUCGACGCGCGCACGAAGCUCCUGAACCCGAAAUUCUACGAGGGUAUGCUCGCGUCGGGCUACGAGGGCACGCGCGAGAUCACGAAGCGCCUGCGCAACACGAUGGGCUGGAGCGCGACGGCCGGCGAGGUCGACAACUUCGUUUACGAGGACGCGAACGACACGUUCAUCAAGGACGAGGCCAUGCAGAAGCGGUUGCUCGAGACGAACCCCAACGCCUUUAGGGAUAUGGUGACGACCUUCUUGGAAGCGAACGGCCGCGGCUACUGGGACACGGACGAGGAGAACGUGGAGAGACUGCAGGAGCUCUACCAGGAGGUCGAGGACCGCAUCGAGGGCAUCGUCUAGACUUUGAGAUAGGAGCGCGGCCCGCCGACCCCGCGCGACACUGUGGAGAGCUGGUGUUCCCCCCUCCCCUUUCGAUACGCUUAACACACCGGCAUUUAUAUGGUAUGGUGGGGCGCGUCGACGGCGUCAACGCGCGCACUUACUCUGUUCGCGCUUUCGAAGGAACGGACUACACACGGGUACUAGGCGCGGCGGCGCGUCGACGGGCGUUGUCACAAGAAUCAAGAUAGCCCGACCGCGCGAGCAUGGA